GGAUGACGAAAGCAGUCGGUCUGGUCUCGCUGGCGGGAUAUUCAAAAGGCGGGAGAAUUGUUCGACACGACGCUCGUCCCUUUAAAGUGCGUGUUUUUACCACUUUUUGUGAAGCUGUGACAAAUGACAAAGCGAAUAGGGUAGUAUCCCACACCAUCAUCAUCUUCAUCUUCUGCAUCCUUAAAAUUCAGCCAGCAACGCAUUAAAAAUGGGACCAAAGUUGAGGCCCACAAGUAAUGGCCCAAUGGACAGAUUUGUCAAGAAAAGGACAUCCAACCAGAAUGAGCAAAGCUGUCAGCCUCCUAAUUUACAACCUGCUGCAAAGCCCUGUGAUAAACUAGCAACCCCUGCAGGGAGUACCUCACCUCUCACCCAAAGUCCGCAGGCAUCGGCUCCAGUCCCUCGCAAGCCUCUGGAUAAACAGAAAGAGGAGUCAGAUGAAAGCUACUCUCUCCACUGGUGCUCUGGCAACAAGAAUUUCAAAGAGCGCAGUAAAGGAGGAACUGUCGAGGACUUGCUGAAGAGAAAUUCAGAGUUUAGAAGAAUUGCAGAAAAGAACAAAAACAAAGAGCUUGUUAUAGUAAGGGAUGGAAAAGCUAUCAGUUCACACUUUCCCUGUAGCUUGACUGAAAAAGAUCUACUGACUGUCAAGUUUAUCAAAGCUGUAGACCAUCCAAAGCAAUCAGUUGGUGGUUCUGUUCGUCCUCAAAGAAAGAGGCCAUCUGGCGAGCUUGUAAUGUUUCAUGUACGGACAAAGGGAGGUAAAAAAAUAGUGAAUAUCAUGAGAAACCCGGCACUAAAAACAGACUUCAGUGAAAUGACUGUUUAUGCAUACAAAGGCGAAAAAGUGAGGAAAGCUCUGAGAAGAGAUGGUCGUUUAAAGGAUCUUGUAUUUAAGAAGAACUGUGUGCUCUCUCACACGAGCACUGACGCAAACACUGGGAUGUCCAGCCUUGUUGAUGAUCUUGAUGGUGAAACUUUCAUGAUCAUAUUGCUCAAUGACGCUUGUCCACCAGAAAGUCAGCCUGGCAGUCUUGAUGAUGCUUACAUGAUGCAAAAUGAAGCUGAGAUAUCUGACCGUAAUGGAAACCCAGAUCCUUCAAAGCAGCCAACCACCACAGCUGAGUCAGUGAACGACAACAUACCAAAAAAGAAACCAAAGCUAAAUGGUAACAUGGCACCAGAAAACAUAUUCCGUGAAAUUCCCAAUUCAAAAAAGAUGCAGUGCCACCUGUCUUCUCAGUUUGAAGAUGUAGUGAAAGGAAAGAAAAUGCUGCAAGGAUCUAAGCUCUCUCGUAUCCAGAAUCUCUUCCGCGUAGAUUUUGGAAAGAACGCUCAAACAUGCAGGGAAGUGAAAACAAUGAAGACACUGAUGGAUCUCAGUAACUCUGUUUGCCAGGUCAGAAUAAAUGACAGACCAGAAGGAAGUGGUUUUCUCCUAUUUGGCAAGUUUGUCCUCACAAAUGCUCAUGUAGUUAAAGGCAUUUAUAAUGAGUACACAGGGCAACUUAAUGAGAGAGUCACUGUCCAUUUCUCUUUCGAAAGUCUAAACCACAUGGAGUCAGGAGCAGCAGUGGAAGAGGUUAUUGGAUUUGAAUACGGUCCUGUUGUGUCAGGCUACGAGUGUGACUGGACGUUGUUGAGGGUCUGUGCUGAUCAGACAUUACCUGAUGCUCUGUUAAAGCGCUUUGGAUUUCUUCCCCAAAGUGGUGGGAUCUGCAUUAUUGGGCAUCCUGAUGGUGGUGUGAAAAAGAUAGAUCCAUGCUUGAUUAUUCCGACUGAAAACCGAAACCAGGUAGUAGAGAGGCAUCACAGUGAAAAUCCAGAGGGCGUUCUGCUGGAAAACCAUCACUACAGUGAGAACCAACAGCCCAUUCAGAUGAUUACUGAGGGGUUCUUUGGGGAUGUGGCAGAAGAUGUGCAACGUAUCAGACAGGUUCUUACUUACGAGUCUUGCUUUUAUUUUGGCUCAUCUGGCUCUCCAGUCUUUGACGAGCACUGCAAUGUGGUUGCAAUGCAUUCAGGCGGAUAUCCCUACCGCAGUGCAAGAGGUGAAAGGCAGAGUGUCAUAGAGUAUGGCCAUCCUUUGUCCUUCGUUAACGAACGCAUCAUUCUCCAAAUGGUGGAAAGAGGAAGGUUCGAUGUGUUAAGAGAGUACCUGGCUUGCAGUAAUCCACAACACCAAAACACGAUGACCAGUUUAAAGAAACUGUUUGAGAGCAGAAAUCUCACAGCAUUUAAAAAUGCAGUCAACAAUUCACUGGCCACAGGUGACGAGAGUCUGAAGACAUUCUUUGAAUUCUUCUCUCAGAGAGAGGAACCUGUCCCAAUGGACAUUGAUGAAGCGUACACAGUCUAAGUGCUGACAGAAGAUACAGUGUGAGCAGUUUCAGCAGUGAGCAACACAGCAUGUCAUGUCUGUUUUCAUAACUCAGGAUACUGUUGUUGUUUAACACCUGAGGAGUGCAGUGACUGCGUGAAAGAUCUCAGGCAAAACCUUAUAUUAUAAUUGUUUAAAGUAACCAUAAUCAAUCAGUUUUAAGAUAAAGGUAACCAGUUUCUCCAUAGUCAUUUUUAGCCAUGUUUGUAUCUGUAAAUGCUCCUUUUAUUCAGUAAGACUGCAAAAUCUUUGUUCAUUAACUGACAAAUCACUGACAGUUGGUUCAGUACAUGUCUCAAUGAGUCUCUGUGUGAGGAAUGUUUGUUUUUAAGAAAUUAUAUUAUAAAAAUGAUAUCAUGAGAUUUGUUUUAACUCAGAUAUUAUCAGCGUCAAAGGCGUGUUUUAUGCUUUUUGAUAUUCUGUCUUU